AUGGCAUACCUGAUAUUUGCUAUUACAGCGGCGGUCACAUCAACUAUAUGGGCAAUGCUUGUAUAUUGGCAACUUGCGAUUAUUAUGCUCUGCUUACAAACGGUUUAUUUUAUUGAAUUUUACGCUUUUAAUAUUAUUACGGUUAAGCAAGCUGAGAAAGCAUCAACAGCUUAUGGAAAAGCUGGCACUGUUAUCAGCGAAGCGCUUAAUGGAAUUCGAACUGUCUUGGCAUUCAAUGGAGCUCAAUCAGAACUUCAUAAAUAUGAACGAAAUUUAGAUUCAGCGCGAAGUGCAAUUCUUAAGAAAGAUUUUGCUUUUGGUCUGUUUCGAGGAUUAACGCUGAUGUCAUGGCACUGGGUUACUGUGAUUGGACUCUUGAUUAGUGCGAUAUUCUACCACUACAAUAUUAGUCAUAUAUCAAUCGACGAUAUUUUAAUAAUAGUGCUUUUAUUUUCCAACGGCAUACUAAUCCCUGCUGCAUAUAUUCACUUACAAUAUAUUGCUGAAGCGCAAGGUGCUGCUGCCGAAAUUUGGAAACUAAUCGAUGAUGAAUCACUGAAAGCAACGGAAAUAGAUCGUAAAGGUUUAUGCAAUGAUUGCAGUAUCAACAAAGUUCGUUUUGAUAACGUUCACUUUUCGUAUCCUACUCGAUCUGAUGUGAAAAUACUCAAUGGAAUUACUUUUGAAGUGGGCUCCAGCGAAACAAUCGCUCUAGUUGGUAAUAGCGGCAGUGGUAAAAGUACGUGUAUUCAAUUGCUGACUCGUCUUUAUGAACCAACUGAAGGGCAAAUCUUUCUCGAUGGUCUUCUAAUUGAUAGCUAUAAUUUAAAUUGGUUACGUGAUCAAAUUGCUGUUCUCAAUCAAGAAGCCGUUUUAUUUACAAAGUCCAUUCGAGAAAAUAUACGUGAUGGAAAGCCAGAUGCAACUGAUAAUGAAAUUUAUGAAGCUGCCAAAGAAGCAAAUGCACAUGACUUCAUCAUGGCUUUACCAAAACAAUAUGAUACAUACAUCAACGAAUGUGGUAUCGAUCUAUCAGGCGGCGAACGACAACGUAUUGCUCUAGCGCGAGCUCUGAUUAAAAAGACGUCAAUACUUCUUCUGGACGAGCCAACAAGCGCUCUAGAUAAUGCUAACGAACGAAUAAUACAAGAAGCACUUGAUCGAGCAUGUUCAAAUCGCAGUGUUAUUAUUAUAGCACAUCGAUUGUCGACAGUCCGACGUUGUAAUCGCAUUUAUGUACUAGAAAAUGGUUGUAUAGUAGAACAAGGUGAUCAUGCAACACUCAUGUCUAAGAAUGGUUCAUAUCGACGCCUGGUUGAAUUACAGUCUAUGAUUCUAGAAUCGGAUGUUGCUGACAGUAAUUAUUUUGAUCCUGGAUUAAACAAAAUCGAUCAAGAAAAUGUUUCGACACAAUCUCACGGUAUACCAAAACGGCACUUCUCAUCCAGUGUCGGUUUAGAAACACUAGACAUAAAUCAAAAUGAAACACCAAAAAAAAAACAAGGAUUUAGAGUAUUGUACUCCCUAUUUUUAAUGAGUGCACCUGAAUGGCCUAUAAUCUUAUUUGGUUGUUUAGCGUGUUUGGGAACAGGUUUGUCACAAAUGGUGCUUUCUAUUCUACGGGCAAAAGCAGCUAAUGCAAGUCAAUUUCUCAUUUUAUUUCCACGAUGUUGCAUAUCAAUUUCAAUUUAUUUGAGAAUUUAG